GCGGUUGGCCUCUGUCGUCGCGAGAAAAAGCCGCUGGGGGCGUCUGCGCGGAGGAACGGAAGUAUAGGUGACGGUCUGAGACGUCGCCGCCAAGCUGGGAACCGGGGAGAUGGCCGAGACUGACCCCAAGACCGUGCAGGAUCUCACCUCGGUGGUGCAGACACUCCUACAACAGAUGCAAGAUAAAUUUCAGACAAUGUCUGACCAGAUCAUUGGAAGAAUUGAUGACAUGAGUAGUCGCAUUGAUGACCUGGAGAAGAACAUUGCAGACCUCAUGACACAGGCUGGGGUAGAAGAACUGGAAGGUGAAAACAAGAUACCUGCCACCCAGAAGAGUUGAAGGUUGCUAAUUUACACUGAAAUCUGGAACACCAUUUUUAUAAGCCAGGAGAAGACCGAAUGGCUUUCUGCAACUAACAACUCUGUAUAGACAGGUUUUAUAUUACAAGGUGUGCAUUCUUAUCACAUCCUAUAUAGUUAGUUUAUAGAGUGGUCGCCCCUCCCCCCCAGUUUCUUGAACAUGGUAACUUCUCAUCUUGGACCUUGGUCAGUUGUGCUAUUAAAUAUUAAACACUAAAACUUUGGCAGUUCCUGCAUAAAAUUGUCAAAUUUUUUAGUGUAUUUUCGUGAAGUCUUUUUUUUCUAUCAUUCCUUUUGUAGUAGUUGCUGUUUGAUAAAAGUUGCUGUGUAAUCUUUUUUACUAGACAUAUAGUAGAUCCGUCUAUUACAAUUAGACUUUGUGAAGUAAGACGUUUAUAGAGUUUAGGGUUCUUUAAUUCUCAGCACAGAGUGACUGUUGAGCUGACACCAGAUAGUGUGUUGUGAUACUUUUCAAAUGGUUAAAAACAUCUAAAAAUUGUUUAUUCAGAAAUAUCUGGCACUACUCUGUUGCCAAAACUCAGAAUUGAAUCUCGAUUUUAUGUCUGAGUCCCUGAGGUCAGAUGCUAAAGUCAUGAGGAAUAACCACUGCCACUUACAUGCGUUAGAAGUUUUAAAUAUGGAGAAUGACAGACUUGCCUGAUGGAGUGAGGCAUUAUUAGUUAGAGUUUUGCAUGAGAUUUGAAUCCUACAGUAGGACCCUAUGUUGUUCAUCUACAGUAGUUACCAUAGGAAAUCUGGCAGGAUUUUAAAACUCAAUUACUCCAUCUUUUCUUUGAGCUACUGAUUGGGCAAAGACACUGAAAAGGAGGAUAGACCAGAUUAAGUCCAUGCCAAUUGCUUGGCUAGAAAAUGAUGCGUGACUUGCAGUAGGCUCUAGUUUUAAAGAAAUACUCUUUAAACUGUUUCUUACCUAAAUUCUUACAGAGUAAUGGUUUUAUUAUUGAUUAUAGAAGACAGGGAUAGUAACUCCUGCCACUCAAAAAUGCAGUGUCAGGAGUGCUCAGCCUAGAGGCCAGGAUUGAGUGUGAAGGAGAUCCAUGUGAUUGUCACAGCAAAGUGAUUUUGUAUACAAAAAAUUGUGAAAUUGAGAAAGUUGAGAAAUGGUAUAGUGCUUCUUAGAGGGAAACCCUUAAUGAACGCAGUGUGAUUUUUUUUUAAAGUUUCCUGUAUCACCAGGCUUGAUUGAUUGGAUUGCAAAUAUGUAAUACUAUUAAGAAAUAAUUUGUCAUAUUUAUAAAUUAUAUGAGGAACACAAGGGAGUAAGUUUCCUCUGGAACAAAAUGAAUUAACCACUGUUACUACGCAGCUGCAGCAACUCCUCUGCUCGGCCUGUAGGUCGUGCGGCAAGAGUUAGCCGUGAGAGCGCCAGAGCUCACUGGACUGGAGAUGAAAGCUGGAUGCAGGAUGUUUGCGAACGCAGUGAGUGUCGAGUGGAGAUGGUAGGGUUGCUGUCAGAAGGAUAGUCGGACUUGGGUAGGAGUCGGCGUCUUGAAGUAAUAGAAAGGUUCCAGAGGCAAGCUCCCCUAACCAAAAAUACCUGCCAUGAAUAAAGGUGCCUGAAAUCCUGCUACUGAA